AUGGUGACCACCAACCCUCCAUGGCGAAGACAUCCCGCCGGAUGCUCCCAGACACGACCCAGCCCUGCGUCUCUGCUUGGUGGAGAAGGGGAGCGAGGGCCGGACCCCCAACACCUCACCGAAUUGCCCCGAAAGCAGAUCCCAGCCACCACCAGCUCCGCAACCCUGGCCAGAGACAUCAAGCCCAAG